GACAGCCUCACAUGCGCCAUCAAACCACGAGAGUGCGCAAUUUAGGUAGACCGGCGAUUGGGAGUCGCGUCUGCCACCACAGAAGAAAAAAAGGCGGAAGUCACUGCCAGCAAGCUGGAGCGUUGUGCGAAAAUGUGCAAAGUUCGAAUGUUAAGAACGCUGGUCAAGCAGCGGCUGAAUAUGGCCGUGGAAGAAAUAUUCGAACUGUUCGAGAGGACCAUCGCGGAGUACGAGGAGGAACUUUCUCGAGCUUUUGCCCGCAAGGAACUGCAAGUUCUGGACGCUGUCCGCGAGCCUCACGCUCCGUUGCGCGAAGCAGAAAUCCAGCAGCUGUCGCCAGAGAGUGGCGAUGAGGUACCGUCCCAGUGCCAGGAGGACCCGGCGGAGCCCCGCCUCGUCAAAGAGGAAGAGAACGACGUCCAGAGGAGUCCGAACGGGGAGCAGCUCGGAGGGGCGAAGGAGGAGCCCGACGUCGACGCGUUCCCGUUGACGGGUGACCACGUGAAGAAGGAAACCGACGACGCUCGGGCCUCGAAGCGUCGUGACCUUCAAAGCGUGACGUUCCACCAGCGCGCCGCAACGGAAGCUUACGGGGAACGCUGUGGAGGACCGCAACCGGGCAACUUCGCCCCGCUACCGGUCGCGGAUGACGUGGCGGCGUCAAACUCUCGCCACGGCGCCCGCGACAUAGAAGCUUUAAUGGCCAGCAGGAAUUCUCAAGCUUUGGAGGACGACCUACUUGCGUUCUUGCGGCAACGCAAUAUUUCUAGUGAGCUUCUCUGUCAAAUGGAGCGAGACAAGAUCGACUCGUCCGUGAUUCUUCUCAUGUCGGACGAAGAGCUCCAGAAGUACAUCCCCCGUUACGGCGACAGGAUAGCGGUCGUGGCCUUCUGCCGAAACCUGAGUUCAGCGGCCAGGAGGAAGGUUAUCGUGCACGGGCGACCCACGCCGGCCUCUCUCAGCGGGCGAACCUAUUUAUUCGGCAACAGAAACGCCAAGAAAACAAAAAGACGACUGGAAUUAGGGUGGAUGAAUUUUGACUGGAAGGAAAAGCGAUUCAAGCAAGUGAGGAGCAACGGGGGCGGCGGGACCAAGUCCCUGUCCGUUGAAAAAAGCAAGACGAUGCAAGAAAUUCAAAUGAUGGCCGAGGACAUUUUCCUCCCCGGCGGUCAACUCUCCGACUAUCAGACGCGGAUCACGGACUUUUCCGAGCACCAGCUGGACUCGGCCAGCACGCUGGAGGAGGUUUACGACAUCACCCAAGCGCCGAUGCUCCGGCUCUACCUCUGCACCAAGCGACGCAGCCAAGAAGCGACGCAGUGGAACCCCGUUGCAGGGACGUCACAUGACCAACGCGGCUCACGGGAACGCUGACUUCUUCUCUAUGCUACGCUAACAAGCAUAACUAGGGUGGACGAUGCUAAAAUGUUCAUUUUUCUUUCUAUUAGCAUUUAUUUUUGCAAGUAGGGUAUGAAAACUGCGGCUUCACGAGU